GGAGGCCAAAGGGGUGUAGAAGAGAGACACACACGGACCCAAAAAGGCCGUAAAAGGAAAUGACGUAGUCGAAGAUCUUCCUUCGGCUUCUUCCUCCACUUCCCCUUUCCUCCUCUAUACUGGCGAUCUCUCUGCUCUUUCAUUCCCUAUGUUUCAUUUUCUACCUCUCACUUGUUCCACAAUUUUCGUCUAUCUCUCCGAACCCAGGUGCUCAUAGAUAAGAUUAGCAGAGAGGGAUCGAAAAACUGCCAUGGAGUUUCAUUAUUGUUUCUGUCGUUUGCAAAAUGAGAGGUUUGAUAUGCUGAAUAGAAGGCAAUAAGGUUUCCUAAUUUGGUUUUGGAUUGGCAUUGCAAUCAAUAAGCUUCUUGCGAAGAUGUUAUCAGCUUACUGAUUUUUGGGGCUGUAGUCCGUUCAGUUAAGUUGGUACCGUCUUUGCAUCAUGCCAUAUUAUAUUCAGAGACUCUAUAAUGUUUGCAAAUCAUCAUUUUUGCCGAAUGGACCUGUGUCAGAAGAAGCACUCGAAAAAGUUCGUGUUAAACUAGAGAAAAUUAAGCCUGCUGAUGUAGGUCUCGAACAGGAGGCACAGUUGGUGCGUAAUUGGUCAGGUUCUAUGCUUGAGCGUAAUGGGGAUCAGCAGUCACUGCCACCAAUCAAGUACUUGCAUUUACAUGAGUGCGAUAGCUUCUCUAUGGGAAUUUUUUGCAUGCCCCCUUCCUCUAUCAUACCCCUUCAUAAUCAUCCUGGAAUGACUGUGUUGAGCAAGCUUAUAUAUGGUACAUUAUGUGUUAAUUCAUAUGACUGGCUUGAUUUUCCUGGUCCUGCCGAUCCAUCAGAAGCUAAACCUGCAAAGCUGGUCAAAGAUACUGAGAUGACAGCACCAUGCCCACCAACAGUUCUUUAUCCAACAACUGGAGGCAAUAUCCAUAGUUUUAGAGCUCUAACUCCUUGUGCCAUCUUUGACAUCCUUGCGCCGCCUUACUCCUCUGAAGAUGGACGGCACUGCACGUAUUUCCGGAAGUCCUCAAGAAAAGAUCUGCCUGGUUAUCUUGAGUUUGAAGGAGUUACAGAGCCACAAGUAACUUGGUUAGAAGAGUUUCAACCUCCCGACAACUUUGUGAUUCGCAGAGGGCUGUACAAGGGCCCUGUUAUUAGAACUUGAGAAUUCUUGUUUUUUGUUUAUACAUUUUUAGUUAAAUUUGCGUUUUUCAUGAUAGGAACCAUUGAGGGGGAACUUUGGCAAUAAUUUAUUUUUGGCUUAUGUAAGUUGCGCAUUUGGCUUGUACAUAAUAAUACACCAAUGUAGUCUGAUUUACUGACCUCACAUUAAACUAGUAGGGCAGUCAUUGGAAGUUGGAAGAAAGAAAUCAUGGCCAAUCACAUUCGCGUUGGCAUUUUGUUUGUUUUA